GAUCGAUUGAUUUUGCCUCCUGAUGCCGAUGCUCCGUUGUGCUGGUUUGAUUAAGGUGCCUGCCUUCCCUCCAGUAAACCGUAGUGCUAGGAUUGCAAGGGGAUUUUUACCACUUUAAGGAGAUCUUAGCCAUGGAGAUACCAACACCAGAGAUGGCUAAGAAAAGUAGUGCCACCUUUUCCAAAGAGUGUCUGAAGACUGACCCAGAUAAACCCUUUGAUGAAUCCGGUUUAGGUGUCCAUAUUUGUGAGGUGUGUGGGACAAGCUUUGAGACGAGGAAAGGUCUCUCCAGUCAUGCCCGAUCUCAUCUCAGGCAGCUUGGGGUAUAUAGCAGUGGAGCUCCUAUAGACCUCCUGUACCAGCUAAUGAAAGAAAGAGGUGGAACUCUACCCAAGCCCCAAAAUCAGGCCAGCACUGUUAAAAAACCCAAAGCCCAGUUCCCCAAACUCAAGAAGCACAACAGGCCUAAAAUAAAGAUUAAAAUAUCCAACCUUGUUAAGAAAAAAUAUGCUCUUUCUUCCUCUUCAACCACCGCUGUCAAAAAAUCUGCCAAGUCUGGUCGUUUUCCUUUCGCUCCAAUGAAGCCUGGUAAAGCCUCUUUGAAGGUGACUGCAGGGUCAAAAGUAUCCAAAUCCAAGUCCGGCAAUGUGGCGGUGAAGUCCCGGCUUGAUGAUGAGGGCGGUUCGUCUACCUCUCUCCCAUUGGCCUCACCCAAACCCCUCUGGGCACCUCAGGAAACAGAUGCUCCACUUAAUUUAACAACCAUGAUAAAUUCCACACCAAGGGAUGACGUUCAUGUGUGUGAAUUGUGCGGAGCAUGGUACGAAACCCGCAAAGGUCUUUCCAGUCACGCCCGGGCCCACUUGCGGCAGUUCGGCAUGGCAUUGGACCCCAAAUGUGGUCCCAUAGAGCUUCUCCAUAACAUCAUUCAGACUGAGGAAUUCCAGGAAAAGUUAGGCGCCGAGCAACAGGAGGAGAGCUCCGUUCUUGAGAACUGUACAUCAACCCCUAUCAGUUCAUCAUCCAUCCCCAAAAAUCCUUCUCUUUCACCUAAAAAACUGGUUUCAAUGUGUGUGACACCUCCGCCAUCCAAAAAGCUGAAAAUUGAUAGAGCCGGAAGCUUGAUCCUCGGUGGAAAAACUGAUUUGAAAUCACCAUCUCAAGGAGAAACAUCUAAAAGCAUCUCCUGUGAGUUCUGCCACGAGAAGUUUAAGAAGAAUCAAAGCCUGGCCAGCCAUGCCCGCGGUCACCUGCGUCAACUGGGCAUCACUGAGUGGACUGUCCACGGGUCUCCCAUGGCAACCUUGCGCAUGGUGAUGGCACAGCGUGGUGCUUCUUCUGGUUCGCUUAAAGCCCCGGAGCCCCUCGCGCCUUCUACGCCUACGUCACCCUCUGGGCCGCCCACUGUACCCCUUCUCCCCUCAUCCCCUAAAGUCAUUACCCAGUCUUCGUCUCUUCCUGUGCGUCACAAAGUUCCAAAGGCCAGGAAAGGCUCUAGGACUGUGGUUCCCAAACCAAAGAAUGAGCCAUUGGAAGUCGAUAUCUCUAUCGUACGGUCUCCAAAGCCACAGAGUGAACCCACAUCUCCAUUAUCACCUCAGAAGAUGUCUGCUCCCACCACUGUUAAAAGCCCUGUAACACCCCCCAAACUUGAGAAGCAGGACCUCUCACAGUUUGUGUUCUGUGACUACUGCGGUGCGAUGUUUGAAACUCGUAAAGCCCUCUCCUGUCACGCACGUGCUCACUUACGACAGAUGGGCGUGAAGUUCUCAGACAAAGUCUCGGCCAUCGACGCCCUGCGUGAGCUCAUGCAGAGGGAGGGCAACGAUCGGGCAUCCGACGUCAAACCGGAAUCCUACACCGGGGCGGCAGUGCAGUGGAAAAAAACAGCCUCCUCACCCCGCACGGUUACUCCGUCACCUGUGGACUUCACGAAAGACAAAGCUGCCCCAGAAAUCACAACUCCAGGCUUUUCUGAUGCCACAUGUGAACUGUGUGGUUUUGAUUUUGAAAAUCGAAAGGCCCUGGCCAGCCAUGCCAGAGCCCACCUCAGGUACGUGGGUGUGGAUUGGAAGGUCAUCGGUUCUCCUAUCGAGACCCUGGCAGCUUGGAUGAAAAACGAACCAAAAAAGGUGGCAGAACUUCACAAACGCUACUCAAGGGGUGAUCUGCCAUUGGUUAAAAAGGGCCCCAGAAAACCCCCAUCUGCAAAUCAUUCAUCAGAUUCGGAGUCUGUCCGUGUGGGUUCUCCCAAAGCUUCAUCAUGUGCUCGAGUCUCAGCAGGUCAGCCUCAGGUAUCUCCACCUACCAAAGCAGCUUUGGUACCAGAAGCAGAUAGAGAGAUUAAAACAGGAAUGAGCCACUCCUCAUUCUCACAACGGAAACGUCCCUUAUCGGGUGAACCUCCACUGUCCAGCCUGACCCAGAGCCCUGCGGCCCACAGUGGACUAAACGUUCGUUCGCCUAGAGGGUUUGAACGGCGUCCUUCAAAGCAUUUUUCCCACGCGGAGAAGAUAUCAGAGGAGACGGAACCUUCGAAACCCUCACGGGCUGGAAACAUUCCAUCCUUGGUUCCCAGACCACCAGAGACCAGACUAGUAACGCUGGUAGGGAAGAUGUACUCUCUCAAAUGCAGGUUCUGUGAGGAGGUUUUUCAUGGACCUCUGUCCAUACAGGAGGACUGGGUUAUGCAUCUACAGCAACAUAUCCUCAAGCUGAAAAAGGAUUCAACCUCAUCACCUCAGUCGAGUCGAAGGCGGGACACUGUAGAGCCUUCUUUAAAUCGUACAGAAGCACCACUUCUUAUUGGCCCUCAGGCUGUAUAGAUGACCUUUCUGGCGUGCUCUUUCUUACCAUAAGUUACACUACACUGACUUUAUUGCAAAAAUGUCUUUAUUACCUGGACCUUUUUAUUUGAAAAUUUCAUAAAAUUUUAAAGACUAUGACCGCAGCUUUUUUCGACCUUUAGAGAGAUUUACUGUGAUGUCUUGAAUGUACUUUACUCUUUGUAUUUGCAGUAUGCUCUUUAUAAUGUGUUAUAACAUUUUAGCUCUUACCUUUCUUGGUUUACAAGAUUUCAGACCUGUUGUUUUAUAACAAUACUUUUGGAAAGUUUGCAUAGUAGUUUAGUUUUAAACAAGGUUUUAUUGUUUUAUGAGCACAAUGAAACGUAUAGAACAUUUAGUCAUUGAAAUUUCGUUUGUUACAGGGGUUUUACAAUGUCAAACAAGAUGGAUUACAGAUUUUCAUGUGUGUGCAUUAAUAAAAGUAGUUUCAGGAUUUUUACAAGCCAUUGAUUGUUGUAUUAAAUUACAGUUCAACGACACGUGUAUCGUUUAUCUUUACAAUAUCUACUAAAUUUUACAUCAUGAUCAUGUUAUUUGUGGUUGAUUUUGUGUAAUAUAUUAGAAUUUCUUCAACAAAUUCCUUUGUCUUAUGCCAAAGUUUUAAAUAAGACAAUUAGCACUACGAUCGAAACUUUAAAUGUUUCUUACUAUAUCAAAAACCUUCUGAUUUGAAGGCUUGAAUUUAGUUUUAGUUUAGACUAAACUAUUACUGUGCUAACAAAUUGACUUUUUUCUUACAAAAUUAAUAUUUUGAUUUAUUAGAUAACUUAAUUAGAGUCUAGAUGGAAAGUCAUGCCAUGGUGAUACCUCAAGCAGCUAGUUGAUAAAACAUCAUGUUAUAUUGUAUUAUAUACCCUUUAAUUUUGUUUUAACUUCAAGUAUAACUUUUCUCUUUAACGUUACAUCCAUGUUUUUAAUGACAUCAUCUCUUUUAGGGAUUAAUUAUCAUUGUUGUGAAGCCAAACAACAGCACAAAUAUCAUAAGGAUUUCAAGGUUUUUUAUGAAUUCAUUGAUGUUUUGAGGCAUUCUCUGCUUUGUCUUAUAAUUGAUUAUUAUCAAUUUCUGUAAUCUAAAAAUUAUAAAAAUUUAAAAGGUUAAAUGGCUGAACUUGACAAGAGCAUAUUUGUGAACCUGCCCGUGAAAACUCAGCUAAACAUUUUGUAUGAUUUGCUUUUUUCCAUAUAAAGUUGGAUAAAUUUAAGCCUUAUGUGUUGUUGGGGACGUUUCAUCCACUGUUUUUUUUAUUUCUAAAUUUGGCCACAACUUUCUCUGUUUUAGCAAAUGGAUGUUUGGUGACAAAUCUUAUAUUGAUGCAUAUUUUGGAGAAAAUCCUUUGACAUUUUUCAAAAACCCAACAAUACACCGUGGGUAAUUUGCUAAUUUUCGUGUUGUUGGUGGAUGAAAGCAUCCACUAAAUUAAACUGCUGUAAAAAUGAAUU